AUAUACCUAUGACGUCACAAUUACUAGUUUUACUUGCGCUGUGAAGAGGAAUAACAAAAAAUUGAACAAAAUGGAAGCCAAAUCCAAUUCUGAUAAACCAUGGUUGUUCGCGGAGGAUCUGGAGAUGUCUCAGAUGGUAUUUGAGGACAUAGUCGACAGAGUUGAAGAGGAGUUAAGCACAAAGAAGAUAUUGGAUAAUUUGAUGGCUAGAGCCAAGGAAAACAUGGAAACCCAACACCUGAACAUGAAGCUUGACAAACCUGGGUUGUUUGUUGAAGAUUUGGAGAUGUGUCAGAUGGUCUUAGGAGAAAUACUUGACAGAGUUGAACAAGAGAACAGCACCAAGGAGACAUUGGAUGAUAUGGAUACAGCCAAGCAAAGAAAUGAAAUAUUGAAGAUCUUGAAAGUCGACACACCUUGGUGUGCCGUUGUGGAAGAAGACAAAAGGAUACAGGAAAAUAUGGAAACCAAACACCUGAACAUGAAACUUGACAAACCUAGGUUGUUUGUUGAAGAUUUGGAGAUGUGUCAGAUGGUCUUGGGAGAAAUACUUGACAGAGUUGAAGAGAACAGCACUAAGGAGAUAUUUGAUGAUUUGGAUACAGCCAAGCAACGAAAUGAAAUAUUGAAGAUUUUGAAAAUCGACAAAUCUUUGUGUGCCGUGGGGGAAGAAGACGAAAGGUUACAGGAAAACAUGGAAAACAAACACCUUAACAUGAAACUUGAUGAAUCUUGCUUCUUUGUUGAAGAUUUUGAGAUGUGUCAGAUGGUCUUGGGAGAAAUACUUGACAGAGUUGAAGAGGAGAACAUGUACAGCACCAAGGAGACAAUGGAUGGUUUGACUUCAGCCAAGGAAAACAUUGAAACCAAACACCUGAAGAUAAAACUUGAUGAACCUUGUUUGUUUGUUGAAGAUUUGGGAACCUGUCAGGAGAGCGAUAAAAUAUCUAUGAAAUUUGAAAAAGCUUGGAGAGUUGAUGAUGAGGAGAAGGUUAAGGAUAUAAUUGACAAUUUACUGGAGAGAACGGAAGAGGAAAUUGAAAGAAAAAGAAUGAAAACAUUAAUGAUGAAAGUUCUGGAAGAAUUAAAGUUGAAAGUGCCUAUUGUCCUGAGUGUGUCUUAUCCCCCUGAGGUUGCUGAUCAUGCAAAUCUGAAAGAACUUACUGAGACAAAACAAGAAAGUAAAUACCACAAAAGCAGGAACAAUGACAAGAAUAUGGCUGAUGCCAUACUGGGCAGAGCUGAAAGGCAAUGUAAAAUGAAGAAAAAUCUGGAUGAUUCUCAUGAUUUCGUCAAUGAUUUGACAGGAAAAGAUGAAAAAUCUAAAAUUCUGAAACUUGACAAAACUUGCCAUGUUAAAGAUGAACAAAUAGUAGAGGGUAUAAUCAAUAACUUAAUGGGCAGAGUUGGAGAGGAAAUUGAUAGAAAAAGAAUUAGAAAACUGAUGGCAAAUGUUCAAGAAGAAUUUAAGUCUAGGGUAUCUAUCAUUCAUAAACAUGCCUACAGUAUGGAAAGCUAUUCACAGAAAAUCAAUUUUGAAAAUGUCCAAAACAACAAACUACACUAUAUUGGAUCAGAAAGGAAAGAAUUUUGUCAGUUGAAAGUGCCUAUUGUCCUGAGUGUGUCCUAUCCCUCUGAGGUUGCUGAUCAUGAAAAUAUGAAAGAACUUAUUGAGACAAAACAAGAAAGUAAAAGCCACAAAAGCAGGAACAAUGACAAGAAUAUGGCUGAUGCCAUACUUGACAUAGUUGAAAGGCAAUGUAACAUGAAGAAAAAUCUGGAUGAUUUGACAGGAAAGGAUGAAAAAUCUCAGAUUCUUAUAUUUGACAAAGCUUUGCAUGUUGAAGAUGAACAGAUGUUAAAGGAUAAACGACGGUGUAUUUUUAUGUAG